UUGUGAGCUGGAAAACAUAAAAUAGAAAAACAUCCUCAUUUCAGUCCCCUAGCUUACUUAUCAGCAUUCAUAUUUUCUUGUUAGUUAAACUUCCGAAAAUGGAGGGAGGGAAGAUGGGUUGGACUGUGGCCGGUGUCAUGGACUACAAAGGGCUCCCAGCCAACAAGUCCAGAACUGGUGGUUGGGUGGCUGCUGCGCUUAUAUUAGGAAUCGAAAUAUGCGAAAGGCUUUCGACCAUGGGAAUAGCAGUUAACCUGGUGACAUACCUAGUCGGAACAAUGCAUUUGCCGAGUGCAACUGCAGCUAACAUUGUCACAGAUUUUGUGGGAACAUCUUUUCUCCUGUGUUUGCUGGGAGGCUUUCUCGCUGACUCCUUCCUCGGCAGAUACAACACAAUUGCAAUCUUUGCUUCCAUACAAACACUGGGCAUGGUUGGAUUAGCAAUAUCAGUGAAAUUGCCACAGCUACGCCCACCUCACUGUGACACUACUGCCGCCACCAACCACUGCAAAGAAGCCAAUGGAUUCCAAAUGGGAAUUCUUUACCUUGCUUUAUACAUAAUCGCAUUAGGAAUCGGCGGCCUGAAAUCAAGCGUUUCGGGCUUUGGAACCGACCAGUUUGAUGAAAAAGAUGACAAGGAGAAAGCCCAAAUGGCCUAUUUCUUCAAUAGGUUCUUCCUCUUCAUUAGCACAGGAACUCUGGUGGCAGUCACGGUCCUCGUCUACAUGCAAGAUGAGGUCGACAGGAGUUUGGCCUAUGGAAUAUGGGUUUCUAUGUUUAUAGCCAUCGUAGUAUUUUUUGCAGGGACGAAAAGAUACAGAUAUAAGAAGAGCUCGGGAAGCCCCAUUGUUCAAAUUUUUCAGGUUGUUGUGGCUGCUAUAAGAAAGAGAAAGAUGAAAGCUCCGCUUGACAUUGCCUCACUGUACGAGAAUAAUCCUGAGGCUUUGAGAAUCGAUCACACAGAUCAAUUCCGUUUCUUGGACAAGGCUGCCGUUGUGGUGGAAGGAGAUUUUGAGGAGGGAAAUGCUACGGGAUCUAGUACCGCGAACCAUUGGAAGCUACGGACAGUUACAAGGGUGGAGGAGGUCAAAAUGAUGGUAAGAUUGCUUCCAAUAUGGGCCACAACCAUCAUGUUUUGGACGGCAUACGCGCAGAUGAUCACCUUCUCCGUAGAACAAGCGUCCACCAUGGAGAGAUCAAUCAGAAAAUUUCAAAUCCCGGCUGGCUCUCUCACAGUCUUCUUUGUGCUAGCCAUAAUUAUCACUCUUGCUUUUAACGACCGUGUCAUCAUGCCUCUUUGGAAGAAAUGGAAUGGCCAACCAGGUUUCACUAAUCUACAGAGAAUUGCAAUCGGCCUUGUCUUAUCAACUAUCGGAAUGGCAGCAGCAGCGCUAUCCGAGAGGAAGAGGUUAUCGUUGGCUAAAUCUGCACGCAGCGCCACUGGAACUCUGCCUAUUAGCGUGUUCUUGUUGAUCCCACAGUUCUUCCUGGUGGGUUCUGGUGAAGCUUUCAUAUACACUGGGCAGCUCGAUUUCUUCAUAACCAAGUCACCCAAAGGAAUGAAAACAAUGAGCACCGGCCUCUUCCUCAGUACUUUGUCCCUCGGUUUCUUCGUUAGUAGCCUCUUGGUUUCGAUCGUGACGGCAGUGACAGGAAACGAAGACGGGCAAGGAUGGCUCGCAAACAACAUAAAUUAUGGGAGGCUUGAUUGUUUCUAUGGACUAUUAACUGUUCUAAGUGUGAUCAAUUUCGUAGCUUAUCUUGUUUGUGCAAGGUGGUACCACAAGACACACAAACAGCAUGCAUUUGUUUUGCAGACGGCUUCUGCUAAUGGUGCAUAACUAAUAUGAUUUGUAUGUAAUUCCAGCAAAUGAAGUAUCUUCCCCUA